CGUACAGCGGAGAAAUAAGAGGAGGUGUUUUGGAAGAAUACAUGGUAUUGUUAAAGCCAGGAAGGAAGUCUUUGUGGACGCUCGCAUUGCGAAGAAAACGGCAAAAGAAACCGAAGGCUUCCGAAGUUUUGAGUGCGCAUCUGAGGCAGAGAGGACUUCCGCAUUGGACUUCGUAUUUUGUGAAGUACAGUUCAGUUCGGAACGACCAGUUCGCCAAGUCGCACUUUAACUGGUCUGUGGACGGGCAGAACUACCAUAUACUGAGGACGGGCUGCUUCCCUUAUAUCAAAUAUCAUUGUACGAGACGGCCAUAUCAGGACCUUUCUUUCGAAGACAAGUUCUACACAGGUCUGAAGAUCAUAAACUUUGGGAUCCCGUGUCUCGCCUACGGAAUCGGCGCCUGGUUUCUCGUGACGACCACUGAAGACGUGAAGAUGCCUCAAGGAACUGUCAAGGUUUACUUUUGGUACAAGGAAGAUCAUGACGCAAUGUUCUAAGUUGUUUCAUUGAAGGAUUCUACCAGAUUCUUUGUAUAUUUUAUUGCUGGAAUUGUCA